CGACUCUUUGCACCACCGAGCGAGCAACUUCAAUUAAGUCGGCUAAUCAACCCAACCAACCGUCAAAAUGCCUGGAGGUGUCACUGUUCGGGACGUCGAGCCCCACAAGUUCGUCAACGCCUAUGCCGCUUUCUUGAAGCGCCAGGGCAAGCUGCCCGUUCCCGGUUGGGUUGACACCGUCAAGACCGGCCCCGCCAAGGAGAUGCCCCCCCAGGACAUCGACUGGUUCUACGUCCGCGCUGCCUCCGUUGCCCGCCACGUCUACCUCCGCAAGACCGUUGGUGUUGGCCGUCUUCGUCGCGUCCACGGCACUGCCAAGAACCGUGGCAGCCGUCCCUCCCACCACGUCGAGGCCUCCGGCUCCGUUGACCGCAAGGUCCUCCAGGCCCUCGAGAAGAUCGGUGUCCUCGAGCACGAUGAGGAGAAGGGUGGCCGCCGUAUCACCCAGCAGGGCCAGCGUGAUCUGGACCGUAUCGCCCAGACCGUCAUUGAGGCCGAUGAGGAGGAUGACGAGUAAAUUCGUCGCUAGAUAUCAUGAAUAAUAUCUAAAUCUUCCCCCAUUCACGAAUACGAUACCCCCAGUCUCUGGAGUGAAGGUUUUGCGUCGCAUGAUUUUGUUUUCCCGGUAGCAUAUCAGGUUUAGGUGUCAAAUGGAUUGCUUCUUGGUCAUGCGCCGGGCUACUGGUCCUCCAAUAUCGUAAACAUCCCAGUGUGAAAUAUCACCCCUAUACAUCCAGA